GCUCGUGAUGGCUCCGACUCGGGAGCUUGCGGUGCAGAUCCAGUCGGAAGCGGAACGCUUCGGUCGGCGUUUGGGCGUCUACUCCGUCUGCGUCUACGGUGGGGCACCCCGUGGGCCACAGCUCCGAGAGCUGCGGGCGCUGUGCCACCUGGUGGUUGGCACGCCGGGGAGGCUAAACGACUACCUAGAGGGGGGCGAGCUGAAGCUUGACUACUGCAAGAACUUGGUUCUCGACGAGGCAGACCGGAUGUUGGACAUGGGCUUCGAGCCACAGAUCCGGACCCUGAUCAAGGCCAUACCUCGCGACCGCCAGACCAUGAUGUUCA